AUGGGGGCGUGGCUUCUUUUGAUCCUGAACUUCCUGUUUAACGUUUCCUGGACGACGGUGGCCAUUUCUGUGUCUGUGACCAGAGACUCUCCUCAGAGAUACGUGCUGCCACAGGACUGGUGGCGCCUGCUCCUCGCCGCCGUAGCUCUGUUCUUCACUCUGGAGGAGGUGCUUCGGGAGGUUAUUGACAUCCACCGCUCUAACAGGAAGCUCCGCCUCCAGAAGAAAUGGGAACAACGGCGUAUCCAUGACGACCUGCGUGGCUGCCAUCCCAUGUGGCCCCAGGACCGUAUUUUCCUGGAGGAUCAGCUGAAGUCUGUGCAGAACAUGAGAGGAAACUACUGUCACGACCUGUGGAACCUCUCUGAUUGGCUGGUGUACUGCCUCCUGGGCGUGUCCACAGCGGUGCAUGUGGCAGAUGUGAUCAGACCGAGUGACUCUCUCCAUGUCACAACUGUUCGUCUGUUUUCUGUCGCCAUCAUCUUCCUCUGGCUCCGGCUCAUGAAAUAUGUCCGAGCAUUCAGGUUGAUGGGUCCUUUUAUUGUGAUGUUGGGGAAAGUAGCAGCAGAUGUGAUGCGAUUCUUGUUCUUGUACGUGGAGAUCUUCAUACCGUACGCCUGCAGCUUCUGGAUCAUCUUUGGAGGAUCACUCCCCAGUAUGCAGACUGUGGGAGACCUCCUCUUCACUCUGUAUAGAAUGACUCUGGUGGAUGAGUACGAUUACAGCUCCAUGGAGAAACUGGACCCGGUCAUGGCUCCUCUGCUCUGUGGAACAUUCCUCGCUGCUUCCUCCAUCCUCUGCAUCAACCUGCUCAUCGCCAUGGUGACAGACACAUUUCAAAGGGUCCAUGAUAACUCUAAAGCUAACGCGGUGAUGCAGCAGGCGGCCGUGGUCCUGCAGCUCCUCGACUCUCUGCCGAUUCUGAGACGUUUCUACGACCACACCUACAUCGCCACCCACUGUGCGCCGCUCGCUGAAGGAGACCACGCCCCCUGCCCCGCCCACCACCACGAGCAUGCACACAUCACAAGAGAGGUCAAAGAAACACUGGACAAGUUUCUGUCUCUGCAGAAAGAGGCGUCAGGAAUCAAGACGCCUCAGGAAGUAAAGUCCAAUGUGAAUGAAGACGUGAGCUCCAUCAGAACUGAGCUGCAGGAACUCAAGUCUCUGGUGCAACAGCUCCUACAAAAUAAGAGCGUGGAAAAUGACAGGAAAAAAGCAGGAGUGACUUUUGAAAAACAUUUCUGUCCUAGGCUGGGAUCUAAGGAUAAUUUAAGCAUGUAA